GGCGCGCGCGGACCGGCCGGAGGGCGCUGGGGCCGCGGGUCCUGGCAUCUGCCGGGGCGCCUAGCCGCCCGGCGGCCCCAUCCCCACCCGCAGCCGGCGGCGGCAGGCGCGGAGCUCCAGCUUUGUAGGAAGUCAACUUCAGAGAGGCAGACGGGAUGGCUAGCUCAGCCCGGGAGCACCUGCUUUUUGUAAGGCGUCGAAAUCCCCAGAUGCGGUACACCCUGAGUCCAGAGAACCUCCAGAGCCUGGCUGCCCAGAGCUCCAUGACAGAGAAUAUGACCCUACAGCGGGCCAACAGUGACACAGAUCUGGUGACCUCUGAGAGCCGCUCCAGCUUGACGGCCAGCAUGUAUGAGUACACUCUGGGGCAAGCCCAGAACCUCAUCAUCUUCUGGGACAUUAAAGAGGAGGUGGAUCCCAGUGAUUGGAUAGGACUAUAUCACAUAGAUGAGAAUUCUCCAGCCAACUUCUGGGAUUCUAAAAACAGGGGUGUGACUGGAACACAAAAAGGACAAAUUGUAUGGAGAAUUGAGCCUGGGCCCUAUUUCAUGGAGCCCGAGAUAAAAAUCUGUUUCAAAUACUACCACGGCAUCAGUGGAGCCCUGCGAGCCACGACCCCUUGCAUCACGGUGAAGAACCCAGCUGUGAUGAUGGGGGCAGAAGGCAUGGAAGGAGGGGCUUCAGGAAAUCAGCAUUCUCGGAAGCUUGUUAGCUUUACUUUGUCAGACCUUAGGGCAGUUGGGCUAAAGAAAGGGAUGUUCUUCAAUCCUGACCCUUAUCUUAAGAUGUCCAUUCAGCCAGGGAAGAAGAGCAGUUUCCCCACCUGUGCCCACCAUGGGCAGGAGAGGAGGUCUACUAUCAUCAGUAACACCACUAAUCCAGUUUGGCACCGAGAGAAAUACUCCUUUUUUGCACUCCUUACUGAUGUCUUAGAGAUUGAAAUUAAAGACAAGUUUGCUAAGAGCCGGCCUAUCAUUAAGCGUUUCCUGGGGAAGCUCACCAUUCCAGUCCAGAGGCUACUGGAGCGGCAAGCCAUUGGUGACCAGAUGCUCAGCUACAACCUUGGCAGAAGGCUCCCAGCUGACCAUGUGAGUGGGUACCUCCAGUUCAGAGUGGAGGUCACAUCUUCUAUUCAUGAAGAUGCCUCUCCAGAAGCUGUUGGCACAAUACUUGGAGUCAGUUCUGUGAACGGAGACCUAGGAAGCCCUUCUGAUGAGGAGGACAUGCCAGGGGGCCAUCACGACAGCCCAGUUUGUUCCAAUGGACCAGUUUCUGAGGAAAGUGCUGAUGGGACACCCAAGCAUUCUCUCAGGACUAGUUCUACUCUGGAAAUAGACACAGAAGAAUUAACUUCUACUUCUUCAAGGACCUCACCUCCCAGAGGACGUCAGGAUUCACUCAAUGAUUAUUUAGAUGCUAUUGAACACAGUGGCCAUUCUAGGUCAGGUGCAGCUACUUGCUCGGAGAGGUCCGUGGGAGCCUCUCCAAAGUUAAGAAGUAGUUUUCCCACUGAUACAAGACUCAAUGCAAUGCUUCAUAUUGACUCAGAUGAAGAAGACCACGAGUUCCAGCAAGACCUGGGCUAUCCAUCCUCCUUGGAGGAGGAAGGAGGGUUGAUCAUGUUUAGCAGGGCAUCAAGAACUGAUGAUGGGAGCCUGGCAUCUCAGACAAAGCCAGAAGACAACCCAGUGGAGACUGAGGAAGCCUCCAUUAAUGAAGCUGCUUCCUUUGAGGAUAAGCCAGGAAAUCUUCCAGAGCUUGCAGAGACCUCUUUACCCUCAGGCCCGGUCCCAGAUGAAAGUGAGAAUGGCCCAGAAUCUCAACCAAGUGUGGACCAGGGCAGCACUGAAUUGUGUGGCUCUCAGGAGGUGGAUCAGCCCACAAGUGGAGCUGACACGGGCACUUCUGACACGUCCGGGGGGAGCCGAAGAGCUGUCAGUGAGACAGAGUCCCUCGAUCAGGGGUCUGAGCCUUCCCAGGUGUCCUCAGAAACAGAGCCCAGCGACCCUGCCAGGACAGAGAGUGUGAGCGAGGCCAGCACCAGGCCCGAGGGAGAGAGUGACCUGGAAGGGGCCGACAGCUCCUGCAAUGAGAGUGUUACCACGCAGCUCUCCUCGGUGGAGACACGGUGCUCAUCUCUUGAGAGCGCACGGUUUCCUGAAACUCCAGCCUUUUCUUCUCAGGAGGAGGAAGAUGGAGCCUGUGCAGCAGAGCCCGCCAGCAGUGGCCCUGCUGAAGGGUCCCAGGAUUCCAUAUGCACUGCUGGUUCCUUACCUGUGGUGCAGGUGCCCAGUGGAGAGGAGGAAGGGCCAGGGUCAGAAUCAACCACUGUACCUGACCAGGAGGAGGUGGGGGAGGUCUGGCAGCGGAGGGGGAGCCUGGAGGGAGCUGCUGCUGCUGCUGAGAGCCAGCCCCAAGAAGAGGGUGCUGCUCGGGAUACCCCAGGGGCUUGUGAAGGGGCCACCGCCCAGGAGGAGGGCGCGAUUGGAGGUUGUCAAUCCAACGGCCACCAGCCACUGCGAUCGCUGCCUUCAGUUCGCCAGGAUGUUAGCCGGUACCAGAGGGUGGACGAGGCUCUCCCACCAAACUGGGAGGCGCGCAUUGACAGCCACGGCAGGAUCUUCUAUGUGGAUCACGUAAACAGAACCACGACGUGGCAGCGGCCCACAGCUCCCCCUGCCCCGCAGGUGCUGCAGAGGUCCAACUCCAUACAGCAGAUGGAGCAGCUGAACCGGCGAUACCAGAGUAUCCGCAGAACCAUGACCAACGAGAGGCCUGAGGAAAAUAGCAAUGCUAUUGAUGGGGCCGGGGAGGAAGCCGACUUUCACCAAGCCAGUGCGGAUUUCCGACGGGAGAGCGUCCUGCCCCACUCUACCUCCAGAUCCAGGCUCACGUUGCUGUUACAGUCUCCCCCCGUGAAGUUCCUCAUCAGCCCAGAGUUCUUCACCGUGCUGCAUUCCAACCCUAGUGCCUACCGCAUGUUUACAAACAACACAUGUUUGAAGCACAUGAUCACCAAAGUCCGGCGGGACACCCACCACUUUGAACGCUACCAGCAUAACCGGGACCUCGUGGGAUUCCUCAACAUGUUUGCAAACAAACAACUGGAGCUGCCAAGGGGCUGGGAAAUGAAACACGAUCAUCAGGGCAAGGCAUUUUUUGUUGACCACAACUCCCGAACCACCACUUUCAUCGAUCCCCGACUCCCUCUUCAGAGCAGCAGACCCACGAGUGCACUGGUGCAUCGACAACACCUGACCCGGCAGCGCAGCCACAGCGCAGGCGAGGUAGGAGAAGAUUCUCGACAUGCAGGACCACCAGUUCUUCCCAGGCCGUCGAGUACGUUCAAUACAGUCAGCAGGCCGCAGUACCAGGACAUGGUUCCAGUGGCUUACAAUGACAAGAUUGUUGCAUUUCUGCGCCAGCCCAACAUCUUUGAAAUUCUGCAGGAACGUCAACCUGAUCUUACCAGGAAUCACUCACUCAGGGAGAAGAUCCAAUUUAUCCGAACUGAAGGGACUCCAGGAUUGGUGCGUCUUUCAAGUGAUGCAGACCUUGUCAUGCUGCUGAGUUUAUUUGAAGAAGAGAUAAUGUCAUAUGUGCCUCCACAUGCCUUACUCCAUCCCAGCUACUGUCAGUCCCCACGUGGCUCCCCUGUGUCCUCUCCCCAGAACUCACCAGGUACUCAGCGUGCCAAUGCCCGCGCUCCAGCCCCUUACAAGCGAGACUUUGAAGCCAAACUAAGGAACUUUUACAGGAAGUUAGAGACUAAAGGAUAUGGACAAGGCCCAGGGAAAUUAAAGUUAAUUAUCAGAAGAGAUCACUUGCUUGAAGAUGCUUUUAAUCAAAUUAUGGGCUACUCCAGAAAAGACCUGCAGAGAAAUAAGCUGUACGUCACAUUCGUUGGAGAGGAAGGGCUGGAUUACAGUGGACCUUCCAGAGAGUUUUUCUUCCUGGUAUCCAGAGAACUCUUUAACCCAUAUUAUGGCUUAUUUGAAUAUUCAGCCAAUGACACAUACACAGUACAAAUAAGUCCCAUGUCUGCCUUUGUAGACAAUCACCAUGAAUGGUUCCGGUUCAGUGGUAGGAUCCUUGGUCUUGCACUAAUUCACCAGUAUUUGUUGGAUGCCUUCUUCACACGGCCCUUUUAUAAGGCUCUUCUCAGAAUUCUCUGUGACCUGAGUGAUCUAGAAUACCUUGAUGAAGAGUUCCAUCAGAGCCUGCAGUGGAUGAAAGACAACGACAUCCAUGACAUCCUGGACCUCACAUUCACUGUGAACGAAGAAGUUUUUGGGCAGAUUACUGAACGAGAAUUAAAACCAGGGGGUGCCAACAUCCCAGUCACAGAGAAGAACAAGAAGGAGUACAUUGAGAGGAUGGUGAAAUGGAGGAUUGAGAGGGGUGUCGUGCAGCAGACAGAGAGCUUAGUGCGUGGCUUCUAUGAGGUGGUGGAUGCCAGGCUGGUAUCUGUUUUUGAUGCAAGAGAACUAGAACUGGUCAUCGCAGGCACAGCUGAAAUAGACCUAAGUGAUUGGAGAAACAACACAGAAUACAGAGGAGGAUAUCAUGACAAUCACAUUGUAAUUCGGUGGUUCUGGGCUGCAGUGGAAAGAUUCAACAAUGAACAACGACUGAGGUUGUUACAGUUUGUUACAGGCACAUCCAGCAUUCCCUAUGAAGGAUUUGCUUCUCUCCGAGGCAGUAAUGGCCCAAGAAGAUUCUGUGUGGAGAAAUGGGGGAAAAUCACUGCUCUUCCCAGAGCUCACACUUGUUUUAACCGUCUGGAUCUCCCUCCAUACCCAUCCUUCUCCAUGCUUUAUGAAAAACUCUUGACAGCAGUUGAAGAGACCAGUACCUUUGGACUUGAGUGACCUGGAGGCAAAAUGCCCAGCUCUGUGUAAACAGGCAAUUCCAGAAGCUGCCUUCCUGAAGAAUGGCUGAACGUUGGAAGUUUCAGGAGUCGCUUCCAUUAGAGUAAAGCUGAAUGCUGUUAUUUUCCAGGAACGGAUGCUCUGUCACAUUUGGGUACUGCCUAGUGAUGAUGAUCCUCUUGGAAGGAUUUGGGUGAGCUUGAUGCCCAGGGAACCACCCAACAGUCUUUCAAUCAACAGUUCUUGACUGCCAAACUUUUUUCCAUUUGUUAUGUUCCAAGACAAAGAUGAACCUGUACACGAUCAGCUCCAUGGUAACUUUUAGAGACUCAGGAGAAUCAUGAAACUUACCUUUGAACAUGAUUCAAGCCAAACUGACAGCACUUGGCCCAAUCUCCAAAUUAGUGCAAGUUAAAUAGUAUAAUAAAAACAAAUAUAUUUCCUGAAAAUACAUUCAUUUAAGCCCUAAGUUAUAACAGAAUAUUCAUUUUCUUGCUUAUGAGUACCUGCAUGGUGUGUACCAUAGGUUUCAGCUUUCAUGGGACACAAGUGGAAAAUGAAACCAAGUCAAUAUGAGGUAACCUUUAAGAUUUGCAAUAAGGUGGUCUGUGACAAUGUAUAUGCAAAGUGAUAUGUGUGUAAUUAUGGCUGAAGACAAACUGUUAUACAAUGAAUUACUAAUGACAGAUUUUAUGCUUUAUAAUGCAUGAAAAAAAUUUUAAAAUAAUUAGCAAUUAAUCACAGCGUAUCAGGAAAAAAGUACACAGUGAGUUCUGUUUAUUUUUUAUAGUUUCAUUAUAUUUAUGUUCUCUAAGAUGUAGAUAAGACUCUACCUAUCAUACUAUAUGUACCAUCUGUUCCAUUUUCAUGUACCAUGCUUAUUUGGGCAUCAUGCUUGUAUGUAUCCUUUUAAGCACUCUCAAGGGAACAAAAGGGCCUUUUAUUUUUAUAAAGGUACAAAAAAUUCCCCAAAAUAUUUUGCACUGAAUGUACCAAAGUUGAAGGGACAUUAUAAUAUGACUAACAACAACUCCAUCACUUGACAAGUAUAAUAGAAAAUAGCUUCUAAAUCAAACUUUCUUCACAGUGCCAUGUUUACCACUACAAGGACUGUGCAUCUAAGUAAUAAUUUUUUAAGACUCACUAUAUGUGAUAGUAUGAUAUGCAUUUAUUUAAAAUGCAUUAGACUCUUCCAUCCAUCAAAUACUUUACAGGAUGGCAUUUAAUACAGAUAUUUCGUAUUUCCCCCACUGCUUUUUAUUUGUACAGCAUCAUUAAACACUAAGCUCAGUUAGGGAGCCAUCAGCAACACCCAAGAGAUCAGCUCUCUUUAGUAAUAAGAAUUCCAUUUUCCCUCAUCAGUGAAGACAUCACGAAUUGAAAGUCUCAGUACUAUAUUUCUAAGUCUGCAUUUUCACUGAUGCAUAAUUUUCUUAUCAAUAUUAAGAAACAGUUUUUCUAUAAUAUCUCAGAAACUGCAUGACAUCACUAGCAUUGUCUCUGCUUAGUUUAUCAGAGGGUGUUUUUCAUUUUUAUUACUUUGGGGUUACUCACCAUCAUGGUUUAUUUCUUGACUUAUGGCCACAACUAACCAGAUGUUCGAUAUGAUGAAGUUAAAUUGAGGGUAAUAAAAGCAUUGGAUUAAACAUUUGGUUUGCCAGCCUAUGGUAUUACAGGCAUUGCCCAAACACUUCUUUGAAACAACAUUUAUAGUAGCCAUGGAAUUCCUGUUAUAGGGUGUUAGCAAUCUUACGUUUUAUAGAGGUCAAAUGCAUGCUUUUCAUAGAUGGUUGAUGAUGGUAAGAACUGAUUACUCUGUUGGUUAAACUACAUUUACUAUGGGGACCCUCAAGAGGAAUACUACUCGUUAUAUUCCUACACUAAAGGCAGGUACUGCAGUGCAGAGAAACAUUCUGGGAACAAAGGUUACAACAAUCUGGAAGUAAGAAGGAAAGAUUUAUCUGUGUACUAUAAUUGUAUCGGAAAGAAAGGGAAGAAAAAAACCUUAACUGGAAAUGUUAGUUUGUACUUACUUAUCAUGAAUAUAAGUGCAUAUUUAAUUUUACAAACUAUUUUUACUUGUUUGUAUUUUUUUCAUUAUAAGGGAAAAUAGUAUAACAUACUUUUUUAAAAACACAUUUUUGAUGGUAUAUAAGAUGUUUCAGAGAUGGCAUUCCCUAAGCAGCUGAUAGAAGGUUUCAAUAAUACAGCAUUUCUUUCAAAACUAUUUUCAUAGACCAUGUUAGCUUGCAUUUUGGUUUGCGACACUUUGUUGUCAUAUUCUGCAUUAUUAGGUAAGAGAUUUGAAAUAAAAUAUAUCUCUUUAAUUAUUUCUUUCCAAAUACCAGUAUAAUCAUUAAUUGCUACCAUUCUCAGAAUUGGAAAUUAUCCAAGAUGUACCUAUCACAUCAGAAUACCAUGAUAACGGAUCAUCUUAUUUUUCAUUUGUAUAAACAAAAGAAUCUGAUAACUAUUUAAAACAUUAAAUAACAUUUCCACAGAAUAAAUUCAACUUUAAUAUACUCUACAAAUAGAAAUAUCCAUAAAUAUUUUCUUCUGGACUAUGAACCUAGAUAAUUUGGCUGUCUGGUCUUGUUUUCUUUAAAAUGCUCAUAAAUGAUACAUAUAGUAUACCCUUUUAUAAAAGACAGUCAUGAUACAUCAAAUAUAUGCAGACAUCUCUUAGGUGAGAGAAGAGGCAUUGGCAUUCACUCUGUGCCAGCUGCUAUGGUUGAUGGUUGAGCUACAAGAUUCAAAAUCUGUCCUCAAGAAGCUUACAGUCUAGUGGAAUACAUACCAAGGUUCAGAAAAUAUUUUAAGUAAAAUUUGAUAUGUUCUACAAUCAAGAGAACAGCUUGCUCCAUCUGGGAGUUCCAGUGAUGACUUCAUAUGUGCGAGAUACUGUGGCUAAAAAAAAUCAUAUAAAUGCUUUUUCUGUUGAUACCUAAUGGCAUAUAAUAAUAUGAUGAUACUGGUCAAGUGUGGAAGAAGGAAAUGGAGUGGAGAAGGAAAUGUAACCCACUCCAGUAUUCUUUCCUGGGUUAUCCCAUGGACAGAGGAGCCUGGCAUGCUACGGUCCAUGAGGUCACAAAAGAGAUACAGCUAAGCGUGCUCACAUGCAUGCACAUGGAAGCCUGGAGUGCAUUUACACACAGGGUUUAAAGUGUGAAGGUGGGGAACUGAACCAUGAUGGACCAACCCAAGGAUCUUCAAGUUAUCCCCAAAAUGACACAAUUAAGUUCAAUAGUUUCCCUGUUUCUUUUCAUCUGCACUAUGGUGUAUUAGGUUGGUGCAAAAGUAACUAUGGUUUUGGACCCUGAAUUUUAAGUCAUUAUAACUAAGCUCAGACACAUCUUUAUUAAUCAAAAUAGGAACCAUCACAGUCAACACACUUUUGCCAAUGAGAAAUAAGUUUGUUUAUUCUUGUAGCAUAAAAAUCCAUGCUUCAAGAUUUGACGAACUCUUGGAAAGCAUUUUCCCUGCAAAAAAAAUUGUUGUGAUGCUUGAAGAAGUGGUGGUCAGUUGGUGAGAUAUCAGAUGAAUGCAGCAGAUGAGACAAAACCUCGUAGCCCAAUUUGUUCAACUUUUGAAGCGUUGGUUGUAUGACCUGCUGUUGGGUGUUAUGGAGAAGAAUUGGGCCUUUUCUGUUGACCAAUGCUGGCUGCAGGCAUUGCAGUUUUUGGUGCAUCUGAUCCAUUUGCUGAUCAUACUUCUCGAAUGUAAUGGUUUCACCAGGAUUCAGAAAGUUGUAGUGAAUCAGAUCAGCAUCAAACCACCAAACAGUGACCAUGGCCCUUUAUUUGGUGCAAGUUUGGCUUUAGUAAGUGCUUUGGAACUCCUUCUUGGUCCACCCACUAAGCUGGUCAUUGCUGGUUGUGUAAAAUCUGCUUUUUGUAGCAUGUCACAGUCUGGUCAAAAAAUGGUUCAUUGUUGCAUGGAAUAAGAGAAGAUAACACUUGAAAAUGAUGGGGUUUUUUUGAUUGGUGGUCAGUUCAUGAGGCACCCACUUACUGAGCUUUUUCAUCUUUCCAGUUUGCUUCAAAUGCCAGACGAUCAUAGAAUUUUUGACUUGGGCAACUUCUCAUGUAGUUGUAAGAGAAUCAGCUUCGAUGAUUCUCUCCAUUGGUCGUUGUCAACUUCCAAUGGCCAGCCACUGCAUUCCUUAUCUUCAAGGCUCUUGUCUCCUUUGCAGAACUUUUUGAACGACCACUGCACUAUAUGUUCAUGAACAGUUUCUGGGCUAAAUGCAUUGUUGAUGUUGCGAGUUGUCUCCACUGCUUUACCACUCAUUUUGAACUCAAAUAAGAAAAUUGCUUGAAUUUACCUUUUGUCUAACAUAAUUUCCAUAGCCUAAAAUACAUAUGAAAUAAACAGCAAGUAAUAAUUCAUUAGCAAAAAAACAAAGCAAGAAAUGAACAUUAAAAUGAUGUAUAACAUAACUACAUUUAAGAGUGUAUUCCAGCAUCAAAUGGCAAAGUUCAGAAAUGCAAAACCAAAGUUACAUUUGCACCAACCUAAUACCUUUGUUUUGCAGUGUUAAAAACCCCAAUUCCUGAGCCCAUCCACCUCUGGGGUCAAAAUGUUUUCCUUGUGCAAAUAAAAAAUGAAUGGAUCUUGGCCAAAGAAGUAUGGUUGCAAUUUUCUAGCAUCUGUUACUUUGUAAUUAAGAAAAAGUUCUGUAAUAAAUGAAGGAAAAUUUUUUUCUCUUGUAUAACAAUCAAGUUUAAAAAACUGCAUUCAAAUGAUUAUAGUAAUGGUGGAAUAUGUUUAAACAGUGCUUUAGAGUUUCUCAGUACUUUCGGUGCUUAGUUUGUCUUGAUCUUCACCUACUCCGUGGAGUAGAAGGUAUCAAGUCCUGUCUGCAUCGAGGCUGAUUUUCACAGGUGGCUUGUGAGAUCAGUUUCAGUACUUCACAGCUACAGUUCCAGGUUUCAUCUUGAGAAAUGUGGACACUAAUAUGUAUACCAGCCUAUUCCAGUUUCACUGAAAUUUGCAAGCUGCUCGUCUACCCAAACUCUCAUUUUUUCAAACACUCUUAAAAACAUGACACCUUCUGAAAAAUCCUUGAAGAAAUUAGCAUAUUCAUAGAAAAAACUCCCAAUAUCCUAAAUGUUUCCAUUUUACUACAUAUUAUGAGAAAUUAAAAACAAAAUGCAAAAUUUGAUUGCUUUUGGUGGAUUUCUAUAUUAUAGUAAGUUUAGUUUUCUCAAAUAUUAUUUGGAAGCAAGAUAAUGAAACAGCGCUUUAAUCAGAAGCCUGCUUUUACUUUUUAAUUUUAAACAAGGAUGGAUCUAGAAAACCCUGAUAGCUGAGUUCCAGUGAUAUGGGUGAAGGGACCACUGCAGGUUCUUUUCCUCUUUGUCUUCCUCACAUUGAUACAACUUUUUUUCCUCUUUCUGCACAAAUUAUGACUUGAUCACUUCUAACUAAGGCAAACAUCUGAUAAUGAAGAUUCUGUCCAAUCCAACCCAGUUUAGGAAACUCCCAUUGAAGAUGAAAUGAUGCUACACCAUCAUUACAAACUACUUAUCACACUGCAUAGUACAAAUACAAAUAAAGACCAUGGCCUCACCCUCAAACUGAAUCCGACUUUCAGGCCCUUUUGUGUUCUUACCUGCUUUCUCAUUUAAUUGAUGAGUGAAAAUACUCUAAAUCUUAGACACAGACACCUUACUUCUAUAAAAUUGAGUUUAAAUUAAUGAGAAUGUCACUUUCACUUAGGUUCUAAUUUUGCGAAGCCGAUAUUGCCUUUCUAAUUCGAUUGUGUUUUCUGGCUAGAUUUGCCUGUCUCACGUGGAAGCAAAGGGAUGUCAGAGACAUCAAGCUUUCUAAAUUGUGGCUUAUGGCCAACCACUUGCUGCCCACUAGAAGGAUGAUAGAAACAAAAAAAUCAGAAAAGAUGGAACCAGUAGUGGUGACCCCAACCCCCGCCCACCCCUGCUUUCUCCCCCACCACUGCCAAGAAUGUAAUGCUAAUUAUGGACCAACUGUCAGAAUUCAGGAGUGGUAACUGCAUUCCAAGGAGCUGGCACAAAGGAUAUGCUGAACAUGUGUGCCCUACCCAUAUCUGAACAGUCAACAGCACUGUUGCAGGGAGAAAGUUAAGGGUGAAAGGAUCACCUUAUGGCUUGCUGGCUGUGGGUAGAAACGUAUACUUUGGUUUCUGACUUUGAGAAAAAGAAUUAUGUGUUGCCCAAUGAAAGCACUGCUAGGUAAUCAACCUGGUGGAUUCCCUUAUCUUCAGUAAGGUGAUAACAUUUUUCUGUAUUGCAAAACAGAAUUUAGUCCAAAAGUAUUAAAGCUAACCAUAGCUUAACUAGGAGAUCCAAUGAUUUAGCAUUAAAUUGUGUUGUGGAUUACUUUUAACUUAAUUGUUGUUCCUAUAAUUGAACUUUAGGAAAAAAGAGAGCACAUGUUGCUUGACACAUUUCUUUUGCUUAAUUUGUUUUUUAGCAGACAUUCUUUGACAUUACAGUCACUUCCAAAACAUUUUUCAUGGUUUCUAAUGGUAACUUAUGUGUUCCCUGGUCAUGUAUAAGCAAAAAACCUAAGAAUUGGGUUCCUGAAUUGCAAAUAGAGACCUAAUCUGUAUUUCCAAUUUUUCAAGAAAUUAAUCAAGUCUGAAAUACAUUGCUUAGAUUUAAUCUAUAAGGUAGUUUAUUUGGCUUUCACUAUCAAACCGUUCAGCAGAAUUGGAAGGCCCUAGUUGUAUGGUUUCUGGGAAACAUAGGAAAAUUAAACUUAUACAUGAAAUUUUUAUGUGGAGUGGCCUUGGGCAGGUGAUAUUUUUCUAUCCAAUUUUCUUUUAAGAUAUUACAACCCUGAGUAGUGUUGAAAGGUAUGGUGUAUGAUUCAAGCUGAAUCAAAUAUUACUGAUGCAGCUAAGGAAUCAGUAAAUUUCUGGUUACUAUCACCUUCUAUAAGAAAGGAUGGAUAAUGUUCAAGAAAUACCUUGGAAGGACUAACCAGGAAACACACAAAACUGAAUGUUCUUUUAGGACCUUAAUGCUCUAAAAGAUGGUAUUACAACCUAUUUUUCUUUAUAUGGUAUCAUAAGUAAAAUUUGAGCCUGUUAAUAUGUUGGAAAGUGCAUAAUAUCACGUUUUUAUAAUAGGGAUGCAGGCAUUCCAAAGUAAAUGAAUAAAGAUACAUGCAUCUCUCUUGCCUCUUACUGAAAGUAUUAAUCUAAUUUUAUAAUAAUGAUUACUUUUUAAUAUUUAGGCUCUGUAAAAAGAGAAAAAGCCACAUUUAUGUCCAAGAUUUCAGUGGAGCACAGGUGGUGUAUUUUUUUAAGCCUUCAAAUUUCUUUUCACAAAUUCCACCCAUUGUGUCUGUUACACCAUGUCACAAUUAAUAGCUAUGUUUUCUAUUUUUGUUGAGUUUACUUAAGCCUCAUAUUUAUUCAAUGUUACUUUUAAUAGAGAACAAUAAUGGGAAGUAUUCACUAUUGACAUUGAGAUUAUACAGCUCUCAUUUUACCUUAUAUUUAAAUUUCAUCUUUUUUCUCCAAGCAAAUAAUGCAGACUGUUGACAUCCUAGAAGUGAAUCAUGGGUGAUCUUAAAUGGAGCCUGGGACUCUGAAAUGUAGACUUGUUUGUUUUCUGGAAAAUCUGUAUUCUUAUCCUUACCUGAACCCCUGACUUUUGUGUUGUAUUUUUUUAUGAUUCUGAAAUGCUUUGAGGGAAAGAUAUUUUAUGUGUACAAUUUGUUUUAUUUUCAUACUGAUCUCUAUUUUUGUUUAAAACCAUGUUGCAUCAUGAAAUCACUUAAUCCAAAAUAAAUCUUCUUUAAAAAAAUA